GAAGGAUUCUGGGAGGAGUGGCAGAAGCAUCAGUUCCGGAGGGAAGAAAAAAAAGAGAGAGAGAGAGCAUUUGAACUUGAACGUUUGGCGUUCGUGAGGUUUGCAGACUGUUGGAGCAUCGGAGGCACCCCGGAAGAAUUCAGAGAACCCAACAAUGUCUCUGUAUUGUGGAACAAUUUGCCGAAGGAAAUCUUUUUGGUGCUAUAGGCUACUGUCAACUUAUGUCAACAAGACACGAUAUUUAUUUGAAUUGAAGGAAGAUGACGAGGCCUGUAGGAAAGCUCGGCAGACUGGAGUGUUUUACCUCUUUCACGAUCUGGCUCCUUUGCUGCAGACUUCAGGACGGCAAUACCUGGUCCCCCGGCUUAGCCGAGCAGAGUUGGAGAGGCUGCUGGGCAAGUUUGGACAGGAUUCACAAAGAAUAGAAGAUUCAGUGCUGAUUGGAUGCUCCAACCAGCGUGAAGCGUGGUUUGCUCUGGAUCUAGGUCUGAGUAGCGCCUCCUCCAUCCAUAAACCUGAAGUGGAGACAGAGCUCGGAGGUUCUUUCGUCAGUCUGAGGCGGGCUCUUUCUCAGCUGAGCUCCAUGGAUUCCUCCUUGCUGUUCACGGCUCGGGCUCUUCUCCACUGGCAUGAUGGUCAUCAGUUCUGCAGCAAAAGUGGGCAGCCCACUAAGAAGAACGUGGCUGGCAGCAAGCGAGUGUGUCCUUCCAAUAACAUCAUCUAUUAUCCACAGAUGGCCCCUGUGGUGAUCACCCUGGUGACAGAUGGAGCCCGGUGCCUACUUGCCCGCCAGAGCUCCUUUCCCAAGGGACUGUAUUCUGCCCUGGCAGGCUUCUGUGAUAUAGGUGAAAGUGUGGAAGAGGCCAUCCGGCGAGAAGUUGCAGAAGAGGUGGGCCUGGAAGUGGAAAACCUGCAGUACUCCACGUCCCAGCACUGGCCCUUUCCCAAUAGCUCACUCAUGAUUGCUUGUCAUGCAACCGUGAAACCAGGGCAGACGGAGAUCCAGGUGAACCUGAGAGAACUAGAAGCAGCUGCCUGGUUCAGUCUGGAUGAGGUGGCCGCAGCCCUGAUGAGAAAGGGCUCCUUUAUUGAGCAACAGAGUGAUGCUCUCCCACUGCUGCUGCCCCCCAAGUUAGCUGUUGCCCACCACAUGAUUAAGACGUGGGUGGAAACACAGACCUGUUCUUCCCUGGCUGCUUAGCUCAAGUCAGGCCAUCUAGAUCCCUCCCAAGCAGCUGAAGGGCAUGCCAGAGAUCGACUGCAGAGGAGGUGGCAGAGCCCGCUCCAGGGCCACCUCGUACGGCGAAGAAGCUCUGAGGAGUUCCUGUUAAUAACAGAGGUUCCUACUAAUGAACAACCAAAAAUGUCAGUGUAACCUGGAUAGAAUACCCUGUACCCGCACUUGUGCAGCUACUCUGAAGGCUGAGGCAAGAGCGUCACUUUUUCCUAACAACCUGGGAAACACAUGGAGACUGUCUCUUUGACAAAGCAGAGGUCUAAGGAACAUGUUGAUUGAUGAGAGGCGAACUAUGAAAAGCUGAGGGAAGGGGCUGAUUUGUUUGGUGGGGGUCAUUUUCUCCAUGGCUGUAGGAGCAAACACUUUCCAGCGUGUGGCUCAUUGAUGUUGCAUUUACAGGGACUGCCAAAUGUGCCUGGGGUGAUUUAUCUUAGUAUCUAAACUCACAUUUGAAUUGCUUCUGUCCCCACAGAAAAAUAACAUAAAUAAUGUUUUUGAAUUUGUGUGUAGGUAUAUUCUUUUUUAAAUUUUAUUAUUAUAAGUGUUUGCCUGCAUAUACAUCUUUGCACAACAUGCCUGCCUAGUUCCUGUGGAGGCCAGAAGAGGGUGUCAGAUCCCCUGGAACCGGAGUUCCAGACUGUGGCUAGCUGCCAUGUGGGUGCUGGGACUCAAACUUGAGUCUUCUGGACGACAGGCUCUGAUCCCUCUCCAGCCCCUAUAGGUGUGUUCUUUUGUGGUAGGAAAAGUCGACUUUGGUAGCAGUUGUUGCUAGAGGUGGAACCCAGGGCCUCACACAUGGUAGGCAAGUGCUCCAUCACGGAGCCCAAAAGUUAUGGUUUUAUCUUUGUAAGCUCUUGAAGGGGUGAAGAAAGUGGAGCAAAGGUCUUCCACAGCACGCUCUACAGGCAACCAGAGGCGGUGUGGUUUUUGAAGUAGCUAAAGCCCAGAAGGACUGGAGAUGAUUUGAAAGACUAUGUUGUCUUUCCAGCUCUUUCAUUUGUUCAGUUUGUGACCCAGGGCAGAGACUAAACAAAAACAGCCCUGGACUCUGCACACCCAGAGAGUGCUGCUUCAGUUAAGGGGAUGGCAAGGCCAAGUAAACACCACGCCUGAAGCUCGAGCCAGGACGACCCCCAACUCCACCCAUGGUGCCAGAGACUGAGCUCAGGACCUCAUGCACCUAGGACGCCAAGUUUAUGUCUUUAGCCCCAGCACAUGGGAGGUGUAGUCAAGAUGAUCGUGAUUUCAAGUGAAUUUAAG